CCAUUAUCCAACAUUAUCCAUUUCAGUUUUCACUAUCCAUAUCAUUCCCAAAAAAAAUCAUCUCACCAAACACACACACACACACAAAAAAACCAUUUUCUCUCUCCACCCCAUCGUCAACACCCAAAAGAGCUCCAUGGAUGUACUCUAUCCUCAAUCAUCAGUCUCACCAUCCUCAAGAUUAAAUCCUGAUGCUCCGAUCUUCGUCCCGAUGAAAUCCUAUCAGACGAUCGAAGAUUUCUCCGAUCAGUGGUGGGAUCUUGUUCAUUCCUCUCCCUUCUUCCGAGACUACUGGCUUCAAGAUUGCUUCCAUGAUGUCGAUCAAAUCGACGAUCUUGACCUCCUCGAUUUCGAUGCUUUUGUCGAUCAAAAUCUCCAGAAACAGGAUGAGAAAGUGGUGAAGGAGAAGAAGGAAGAAAAGGAGCUAAUUUCAAUGGCGGCGUUGAAGUGGAAUGGAUCUGGACGAAUAGUGGAAGCUCCGAGAUACUUCGAGAAAGUUCCAAAGGUUGUGAAGAGUGUGAAAGUGAGUCCAAGGACGAUUCACCAGCCGCGUUAGAGUAACUCGCUGGUUCACUCGGUAUUUAGUUCAUAAAAUGACGAGUUAGACCACUCUGUUACUGUCUUAGCUUAUCUGACUUUGCUUUAACCGUUGCUGGUUUUUUUUUUUUAUUUUUUUAUUUGGUGUACAUUAGGAUGAAAAUUCUAGCUUUGUAAUUUGUAGUUCUUUUUCUUGUAAUUUAAUGAUGAAAAUUAGGAGAAAAAAAAGACAAAUAGCUAGUGUUUGUAAGUUGUCGUCUUUAUAAUGAUGAAAAUGCGUUGUUAAUUCAACUCAGUUGCUGAA